CCGGUUACAAAAAGCACAAAUCGCGGUCUAACCAGGGACGCAGCAAACAGCCGCAAUUUGUUCACGCCGAGAUCUUUUGACACCCCCGCUAUAACGAAAAUCGUUGAUCCGAUACAGCAAAGAUGUCUUCCGAGAAGCCUCUUCCUUUUAUGUACCAGUUUGCGGCUGGUGCCGUCGCUGGAGUCUCUGAGAUUCUGGUUAUGUAUCCCCUGGAUGUCGUGAAGACCCGCAUGCAACUCCAGACCAGUACAGCCGUUGGUGCCGACUCUUACAAUGGCACGCUCGAUUGCUUUCGUAAGAUCAUCAAGAAUGAGGGCUUCUCGCGGCUUUACCGUGGCAUCACCGCCCCCAUCUUGAUGGAGGCUCCUAAGCGUGCCACCAAGUUUGCCGCCAACGAUGAAUGGGGCAAGUUCUACCGCAAUGCCUUUGGCCAGGAGAAAAUGACCCAGGGGCUCUCCGUCCUGACUGGUGCCUCGGCUGGUGCCACCGAGUCUUUUGUUGUUGUUCCAUUUGAGUUGAUCAAGAUUCGACUUCAGGACAAGGUCUCUGCGUCCAAGUACAACGGCCCCGUCGACGUUCUCCUCAAGACCGUUAAGAAUGAGGGUAUCCUAGCUUUGUACACUGGAUUGGAGUCUACCAUGUGGAGGCACAUUCUGUGGAAUGCUGGCUACUUUGGCUGCAUUUACCAGGUGCGCCAGUUGCUGCCCAAGGCCGAGACCAAGAAGGGUCAGAUGGCUAGCGACAUUGUGGCAGGAUCAGUAGGAGGAACCGUCGGAACCAUUUUGAACACGCCCAUGGAUGUGGUCAAGUCUCGAAUUCAGAACACUACCAAGGUCGCUGGCGUUACUCCCAAGUACAACUGGGCAUGGCCAGCACUUGGGACCGUUAUGAGGGAAGAAGGAUUCCUUCCCAAGGUUCUGCGUCUUGGCCCCGGAGGUGGUAUCUUGCUGGUGGUCUACGGAGGAGUUAUGGACUUCUUCAGGAAGAUGCGGGACGAGGCCGACCUGAAGAAGGUGUAAGGUCUUCAUGUUACCACAUUAAGAGCCAUCAUAACCAAUUACAACCUCGUUCUAUCGCCGCAUUACAGGGGAAAAUAUCCCGUGUACGAAAUUUUGUCUUUUUUUUUUUUUUUUUUUUUUUUUUUUUGGCCUGCUUGGGUAUUAGACAUACUUGGCUUGGAUAUAGAGCCUAUUAUCAGAUUAUCAAAGAGGUUUCCUUUCACUGUAUGGCUGAAUUUAGAAAUGAG